AUGGCUAACGAGGGGACCCUCGACGCAGCACAGAUGUCGGACAUCGCCCGACUCUGGCAAGAAGCAGUCGCGGACUAUGAGAAGACGACCAAGAAAUCCCUCCACCUGGCCGGCCGGUUCAGCAACAUCGACCAGAUAAUGAAGGGCACGGAAGGCUUGUCGACCGAGUUUGAGGAUUUCCGGCAUGACCGGUCGAAGACAGACAAUGUGCGGACUGCAUUUAAGAAUAAUCUCUGGCUCAUUCAGAAGAUUGUCAAUACGGUCGAGGUCGUUGGGAAUGCUGCGUCGGCUUUCCCCCCCGCGAUGCCAGCCAGCGUGAUUUUCACGGCCUUUGGACAUGUCAUGCAGUCUUUUGCCUCCGUGUCCGCCGACUACGACAAGAUCAUGGGGUUUUUCGACUUUACACAUCGCUUCUUCGAUCGACUCUCCAUGAUCGAAUAUAAAACUCCCCAGCAAGCGCCCUUUCAGCGAUGCGUUGCGCGUGUCUUUUCUGGCAUGUUGACUAUAUGUUCCGUGGCGCAGGACUAUGCCAGGAAGAAGAGAUUCAAAAAGUGGUUCUCCAGCCUGAUCGAUGGGUCAGACGGCGCCCUCUCCGGCGCCAUCCAAGAAAUGGAAACGGCCGUCAACGAGCUGACGCAAGCCGUCGGCCUAGCGACCCUCCGCACCGUCGAGAUCCUCGACGAAAUCGUGCAAAGCAUGAACGGCAACGUCGAGUUCCUCGUCGCGCAGGUAACCGUCAUCGACGGACGGCUGGAGUCGAUCAAAUCCGACACGGGGACGCUCAUCGAGCAAACCGAGGCCCUGGACCUGAAACAGGACGCCGUGCUGGCGAAGCUAGACGAGCAGUCUCGGCUGUUCAACGACGCCGUGCAGAGCUUCGAGUACAUCCAGCCAGGGUCCAACUUCGGGCAGACGAGCUUCCAGACUAGUUUGUUGAGACUGGACGUUGUGCGGCUCCGGCUGACGUGGUGGGGAGAGUCGGUUGGGCUGGGGAAUGUGGAUGAGGCCCGUGGGGGCGAUGGGAAACAGCUCCGGAUGACGAAGCUCGCUUCUGGGGAUCAAGAGCAGGUGCAGGAUCUUCUCGCUCAGAUUUUAGAGCUUUUUGCGGAAGCCGAGGCGGCGUCGAAGCGAUUGCGACGGCGGAAUCCCUCUGUCAAAGUGCUGGACCCGGCCGAAGAGCUCGACGGCGUCUCAGCAUCACUGCACGAGAAGAUGCAAGGUCUCGCGAAGAAGCGGCAGGGCAAGUCCGAGCUGGAGCAGGACCAAGUGACUGUCCUCUACGGGGAGAAGAAUUUUGCGCGACUGAUCGACGAUAUUAGCGAACUGGUGGACGGGUUAGUCGAUCUUUUCCCGGGCAUUCAGGACGACCAGCGCAAGCUGUGUGAAGAGGAGUUGUCUGGGUUGAAAGGGAACGAGGACGCUCUUUCACUACUCAAGGAGGUCGCUGCUGGCCAGGACAAGCUGCUGAGUGAGACGGUGGUCAAGGUCAUUCAGUCCACCACCGCCUAUACCAACAGCGUGGUGUUUUCGGGGCCCAACUCGGGGUUUCAGAUUGGGAACAAUUCUGGCAAGGUUAGUGGUGUUCGCUUUGGCUAG